GGAGGGUGGAGCUUGUGUCCGGCGGAGCGGGGGCUGCUCGGCUGCGGUCACGGGUUGCUGCGGGCUCUCCAGCGGCGGCGUAGGUGCUGGGACGCGGCUGGCUCUGGGGCUUCGGAGCAGCGACUCGGCCAUGCCGAACUCGAGGCCUAGAGCGCGCCGGGUUGCUGCGGGAGGCGCGGGGGCGGCCGGCCGGGACAGGCUGGUGGCGCAGUCCUUGCAGAGCGCCGAGCACUGUCUAGGUGCCCAGGACUUCGGUACCGCCUAUGCCCAUUACCUUCUGGUGCUCAGCCUGGCUCCGGAGCUGAAAGGCGACGUGAAGGAAACUUUUCAGUAUACACUUUUCAGAUGGGCUGAAGAGCUCGACGCACUCAAUAGAACACAAGACUUACUUGGUUGUUACGAGCAGGCUUUGGAACUAUUUCCUGAUGAUGAAGUGAUUUGCAAUAGUAUGGGAGAGCAUCUCUUCAGGAUGGGCUUUAGAGAUGAGGCAGCUGGAUAUUUUCAUAAAGCAGUGAAGCUAAACCCUGAUUUCAGUGAUGCAAAGGAGAAUUUUUAUCGUGUUGCAAACUGGCUGGUGGAACGCUGGCACUUUAUCAUGCUUAAUGAUACCAAGAGGAACAGGGUUUAUAAUGCUGCAAUCCAGAAGGCAGUGCACUUGGGGUCCAAAAGUGUUUUGGAUAUUGGAGCAGGAACUGGAAUACUGAGCAUGUUUGCCAAAAAAGCUGGAGCACACUCAGUGUAUGCCUGUGAGUUAUCUAAGACCAUGUAUGAACUUGCCUGCGAUGUAGUGGCUGCAAACAAGAUGGAAACUGGGAUAAAGCUCCUACAUAUGAAGUCGCUUGACAUAGAGAUCCCCAAACACAUUCCUGAGAGAGUGUCCCUAGUUGUAACAGAAACUGUCGAUGCAGGUUUAUUUGGAGAAGGAAUUGUGGAGAGUUUAAUUCACGCAUGGGAACAUUUACUUUUGCAACCAAAGACCAAAGGUGAAGGUGGUAAUUGUGGAAAAUAUGGGAAAGUUAUACCAGCAAGUGCUGUUAUAUUUGGGAUGGCAGUGGAAUGUGCAGAGAUAAGAAGGCAUCAUAGAGUGGCUAUUAAAGAUAUUGCUGGUAUCCAUUUGCCAACAACUGUGAAAUUUCAAAGUCCAGCUUACACUUCUAUAGAUACUGAAGAAGCAAUUGAACCAUAUACAACUGAAAAGAUUAGCCGAAUUCCUGGAGGAUAUUUGCCUUUGACAGAAUGCUUUGAAAUUAUGAAAGUAGAUUUCAGCAAUCUUCAGGAAUUAAAAAAUAUUGCAACUGAAAAACCUCAUCCUAUUCGUGUUCCUGCCGUUAAAGAGGGCAUGCUGGAUGCUGUUGUGGUUUGGUUUGUUCUCCAGCUUGAUGAUGAACACAGUUUAUCCACAAGUCCCAGUGAGGAAACCUGUUGGGAACAGGCUGUGUAUCCAGCACAGGCCCUGACAGACUACUGGAUAAAGCCUGGGGACCAUGUGACAAUGGAAGCAUCUUGUCAAGAUUGUUACCUAAGGAUCCAGAGUAUUAAUAUCUUGAGUUUGGAACAUGAAAUGGAAGUUGUAAAAAAUUUUACCAAGAGUAAAGACUUUCUGUCUUUAGGAAAUGAGGCUGAACUCUGUAGUGCUCUGGCUAACCUUCAGACCAGCAAACCAGAUGUUGUAGAGCAGACCUGUGUGUUAGAAUCCACAGAAAUUGCUUUGCUUAAUAACAUCCCAUAUCAUGAAGGCUUUAAGACAGCAAUGAGGAAAGUGUUGUCUUCAUUGGCCCCAGAGAAGCUGUGUCAGGCCAUGGAUACUCACUGUCAGCACACUGAGAUGAGCUCUGGCAGUGGACAGAGUAAUACUGAACUGAGUGCCCCUGACCCUUUCUAUGUGUUGGAUGUGUCUGAAGGCUUCUCUAUUUUGCCUAUAAUUGCUGGAACACUUGGUCAGGUUAAGUCAUUCAGUUCUGUGGAGAAAGACCAGCAUCGUAUAGCUUUGGACCUUAUAUCUGAAGCCAAUCACUUUCCUAAGGAAACACUUGAGUUUUGGCUGAGACAUGUAGAGGAGGAAGCUGCUGUGUUACAAAGGCCCAAAUCAGACAAGUUGUGGAGCAUAAUUAUCUUAGAUGUCAUUGAGCCAUCUGGGCUCAUUCAGCAAGAAAUAAUGGAAAAAGCUGCAAUAUCCAGAUGUUUAUUGCAGUCUGGAGGCAAGAUCUUUCCCCAGUACGUGCUGAUGUUUGGGAUGCUGGUAGAGUCACAGACGCUGGUAGAGGAGAAUGCUGUUCAAGGAGCAGAGCGUACUCUUGGGUUAAACAUAGCCCCUUUCAUUAACCAGUUUCAGGUGCCUAUCCGUGUGUUUUUGGAUCUGUCCUCAUUGCCUUGCACACCUUUAAGCCAGCCAGUGGAACUCUUAAGACUAGAUUUGAUGACUCCAUAUUUGAACACUUCCAACAGAGAAGUAAAGGUUCACAUUUGUAGAUCUGGACGAGUGACUGCUGUUCCAUUUUGGUUUCAUAUGUGCCUUGAUGAAGAGAUCAGGUUGGACACCUCAGGUGAAGCCUCCCACUGGAAACAAGCAGCGGUGGUUCUGGAUAAUCCCAUCCAGGUGGAAGUGGGAGAGGAACUUGUUCUCAAUGUUCAGCACCACAAAAGCAAUGUCAGCAUCACAGUGAAGCAAUGAUAAUUGUUUGUUUAGAGCAUCAUACUCAAAUUUUUUCUCUGAAUCAGUGAGAUUAUAAUCAUAGAUGGAUGUACAAAAGUUCCUUACAGUGGUCAAACAUUUUUUAAGUGUCAUUAAUAAAGUACCUUUAAAAGA